AUGGGCACUCCCGAGCAGGCCAACAAGCUCUCCAACCUCUUCCUAGACCAGCCGCUCUCGGAGCACGGCAAGCGCUGGGACGGUCUGUGGAAGGAGGAGUACACGCCGUGGGACAGAGCCGGGCCCAGCAUGGCUCUCUACGACGUCCUGACAGGCCGCCCAGAUCUCGUCCCUCCUCCUCCUCCUCCUCUCGCCGGCGGGCCGAAGAAGAGAGCUCUGGUUCCCGGGUGCGGGAGGGGCUACGACGUUUUGCUGCUUUCCAGGCUGGGGUACGAUGUUUGGGGUCUCGACUACUCCGAGGAAGCUACCAAGCAGUCGGUCAUCUACGAGAAAAAAGUCGAGCAAGGGGACGAUGGUGCCUAUGCCGAGCUGAAGAGGGACGGAUUUGAGAAGGGAAAGGUCACAUGGGUCACUGGUGAUUUCUUUUCCGAGGAAUGGGUGAACAAGGCUGGUGUGCAACAAUUCGACCUCAUCUACGACUACACUUUCUUCUGUGCCCUUCCCAUCUCUGCCAGACCCGCGUGGGCACAAAGAAUGGCGGGCCUCCUGGCUCCCGAGGGCCGACUGGUUUGCCUACAAUGGCCAACCGCGAAGCCGUGGUCAACGGGCGGCCCUCCAUGGGGUGUCUUGCCUGAGCACUACAUUGCGCAUCUCUCUCGGCCUGGUGAAAAGGUGGAAUAUGAAGCCGAUGGCAAGAUUCCGGAGGAUGCGAUGCCCAAGGCUGUCGAACAGGGUGGACUUCAAAGAUUGGAACUAGUCGUGCCGUCUCGCACCCAUAGUUCUGGUGUUGCCGACGGAGUCGUGCAUGAUCGCAUUGCUGUCUUUGCUCGUUGA